AUGAACUUUAGGAGGAUUUUCCUAGUCGAGUGCUUGCUGCUUUUAUUUCCCAAUGUAAAAUGCUCCGUCACCAACUGGAUUUACAGAGCGGUGAAUGAGUCGGCUCUGCUCAGCAUCACUGCUGCUUCUGUGAACGUAUAUCAUGCCACGUGGCUGAAAGGCAGAGAAAGGUUGCUCCAGAUAAAAGAUAAGAAAGUGAAGUACUAUGUGAACAAAGACCAGUGCAGAUGUAAGAUACUCCUAAACGGGACUCUGCAAAUAGAGAAGGUGGUGAAAGAGGACAGUGGAAAGUACACGGUGACAGUUUAUCAGCAGGAUGGAAGAUUGAAGGCAGAAGAAGAUACAAUGCUCAUCGUACAGGAGCCUGUCCCUCAGCCAGUCCUCAGUGUCGAAUGUGUGAAUAAAACUGUAUUUGUCAAGUGUGAAGUGAAGCAGAAGACUAAAGAUGAAACAUUUAUAAUGGAACUGACUCAACAUAAAAGCAAAAAAAUCCAAAAGAAUGCAACAAGUUUGGAAUUGUACACGCGGUAUUCUGGGACAUUCAGAUGUGUUGUUAAGAACCAAGUCAGCGAAAAAAUGGCUGAAAAAGUAAUGAAGUGCUCAGGCCAGCUGGACCUGUAUCUCAUCUUAAGCGUAGCAGGAGGUGCAAUCUUCUUUGUCAUCUUCGUGAUUUUGCUUAUUUAUUGUAUCAGGAAGAAGAAAGUAGAGAGGCUUGAACAUGAUGCCGAGGAGGGACCGACGCGGGCUCGCCCUGUGGACAGUGAGAUGGUGGUGCGGGAGCUCCCUCAGCCGCCGAGCACUCCCACCCCGCAGCAGCUGCGAAAAAUUAAAGAGAGCAUCUAA